UUUUUAUUCCUUCUUUGUCUCAAGCCUUACCUGAGGGUACCGCUGUAAGCUGCAGCCACAAACAGGCCUGGAAUUCCAGGAUAGACUUCCAGAAUAUCCAUCACAAGGACCAAACCUGGUUAAGGGAAAACCACCUGGCUGAAAAUGGAGACAUCCGUGUUCAGCUGCUGGGUUCUUUUUCUGCUGAUUUAUCCCGUUGUUCCCAUGUGUCUUCCCACACAGUUCACAUUGUUCGUGGAAAAGCCAGAAUGUGACUAUUGUGUAGCGAUCAACACUACUAUCUGCAUGGGAGUUUGCCUCACAAAGGACACCAACAUGAGGGAUAUUUUCCGCUCACGCUUCGUUGUUCAGAGAAGUUGCACCUAUGAUAAGGUGGAAUACCGUACAGUCAUUCUGCCAGGCUGUGCUAUCGACUCCAACCCUGCAUAUACCUACCCAGUAGCUAUCAGCUGCCACUGUGAUGCCUGCAGAACAGACAGGGAUGAAUGCACACUCAGACUCAACAGCUACAAUGCUAACUGUGUUAAACCAGUCAGGCGCGUUUAUCCUUAUCCUGGUCAGAGCAACUACAUGAUCCCAUUUUAAUUCUUCUGUCUAUCUAAGAAAAUAAAGGUUUUUACUUCUUAUCUUAUAAUAUACCAUUGACAAUUUGCACUGUUCCAUUCUAUUUGACUAAUUUGACAUUUUGUUUUCUAGUUUUUAUUUGUCAGAAGUUAAU